AAAUGGAUUGAAAUUGUGGCUCAAACGAACACUGAGAGAGUUUCCAAUUAAGAAGGAACAUUUUCAUUAUACAAACAAGUAACAACCCAACCCUGUAAUUGGUUGUUCCUUCUUCUGAUAUCUCUUUUGGGGUAUUGGGAUCCUUUCUAAUUUAUUGCUGCUCCUACUAGCUAUUUUUUCUGAGCACUCUUUUGAUUGAGUGAACAUAGCAAAAAAAAAAAAGAAGUGAAAGUGCCUUGGAGAAAGGUAGUAUAAUUUGGUGUUGAGCAUUUGCAUUUGGUAAAGGAAAAUUAUCCCAAUUUUACAGUGAAAUGGGUGGUCCUUUAUCAGCCUGGCCUUGGGAAAACUUUGGAAUAUUUAAGUAUCUAUUAUAUGGGCCAUUUGUGGCAAAAGUCCUGCUUGGAAGAUUCUAUGAUGAGGAAGAACACUCCAACUCAAAUAUCAGCUUGUGCCUUCAUUUGCUCAUCCUAUGUGGUCUCAGAGGUCUAAUUCAUGUUCUUUGGAGUUCUUACAAUAACAUGCUUUUUCUAAUUAGAAAUCGAAGAAUUCUUCAACAGGGUGUUGAUUUUAAGCAGAUUGACAAAGAAUGGGACUGGGACAAUUUUUUGAUUCUUCAGACACUAGUAGCCUCCAUAGCCUACUAUAUGUUUCCAUUUCUUCAACAUCUCCCUCUCUGGAAUUCAAAAGGUCUUAUUGUUGCUCUGCUGCUUCAUGUGGGACUCUCAGAGCCACUUUAUUAUUGGGUACAUAGGAGGUUUCAUGGAGAGUAUCUUUUCACCCAUUAUCACUCACUUCAUCAUUCAUCUCCUGUACCAGAGUCAUUUACUGCUGGAAAUGCAACACUUUUGGAGCACCUAAUUUUGACGGUGUUGAUUGGAAUCCCUAUCCUUGGAGCUUCUGUGAUGGGACAUGGAUCAGCAACCCUGGUUUAUAGUUAUGUUUUGAUCUUUGAUUUCCUGAGAUGCUUGGGCCAUAGCAAUGUUGAAGUAGUCCCACAUCAAUUGUUCGAGACAUUCCCAUUUCUUAGAUAUGUGAUAUACACACCAUCAUAUCACCAUCUACACCACACUGAUAAGGACACUAAUUUCUGCCUCUUUAUGCCUCUAUUUGACGCGCUUGGCAAAACGCUUAACACUAAGUCAUGGCAAUUACACAAAACAUUGAGUUCAGGUUCAGGAAACAGUGUUAAUACGGUGCCACAUUUUGUUUUCCUGGCCCAUAUAGUGGAUGUCUCAUCUUGCAUGCAUGUUCCUUUCGUCCUACGAAACUUUUCUUCAUUGCCAUACAAAGCAAGGCUUUUCUUGGUACCACUAUGGCCCAUUGCCUUCAUAGUUUUGCUGGCAAUGUGGGUUUGGUCCAAGACCUUCUUAGUUAGCUCCUACUACCUCAGAGAUCGACUACACCAAACGUGGGCGGUACCUAGAUGUGGUUUCCAGUAUUUCUUGCCAUUUGCUGCUGAGGGAAUCAAUAACCAAAUUGAGCAAGCUAUCCUCAGGGCUGAUAGAAUUGGGGUUAAAGUCAUUAGCCUUGCUGCACUGAACAAGAAUGAGUCCCUAAAUGGGGGUGGAAAGCUUUUUGUGGACAAGCACCCAAACCUUAAGGUUCGAGUUGUUCAUGGAAACACCUUAACUGCUGCUGUCAUUCUCAAUGAGAUACCUCAAGAUGUGAAAGAGGUGUUCCUCACAGGAGCUACUUCAAAGCUUGGAAGAGCAAUUGCACUAUAUCUUAGCCAAAAGAAAGUCAAAGUUUUGAUGUUAACAGUUUCAACAGAGAGAUUUCAGAGGAUUCAAAAGGAAGCCCCUCUUGAAUACCAAAGCUACCUAGUCCAAGUAACAAAAUAUCAAGCAGCACAAACCUGCAAGACAUGGAUUGUUGGAAAGUGGAUCACACCAAGAGAACAAAGCUGGGCACCACGUGGAACCCAUUUUCAUCAAUUUGUUGUCCCACCAAUUUUAUCAUUUAGAAGAAACUGCACCUAUGGUGGUCUUGCAGCCAUGAGAUUACCACAAGACGUGGAAGGCCUAGGCUGCUGUGAGUACACGAUGGAGAGGGGUGUAGUUCACGCGUGCCAUGCAGGAGGAGUGGUACAUAGUCUUGAAGGUUGGUCUCAUCAUGAAGUUGGAGCCAUAGAUGUUAACAGGAUCGAUCUUGUUUGGAAAGCAGCACUCAAACAUGGCCUAAGGCCAGUAUCAAGUUAAUUGACACACAAUAAAACAAACACUCAAAUCUUAUAUUGUCAAGGAUCAAGGAUCUUUUUAAAGUUCUUACUUCUAAUGUUUUGGUAUAUUGGCCAUAUAUGAGUAUGGUUUAUAUUCUUUAAACUCGAUGUACUAUAUUACUAUGUUUUAUCAUUUAAUUUCAAUACGUUCAUAUGAUCA